AUGCGGAAGUGCCCGGUUAGCAAACUCAUGGUGAAGAAUCACACGUAUGUGCGGAAGUGCUUAGUUGGAACGUGCAAUCACCGCGCCCCGGAGGCAGAGAGGCGCAAAGAGGCCUCAGACACUCCUGCGCCCCCACCACCGCCCAAGCGACCGCGGGACGGCGCAGAUGCGAGGGGCGACGACGCGUCGAAGAAGCCUCGCGCUCAGGGAGAAGCCCGGGCGCCCCCGGCGGCGCCGACGCAGGACCGCGUAUUCCGAGGGCAGCUUGAGAGUCUGGGAUGGUUGGCGGGGGGGAGCGCGGUCACGCGGGAGGCACAGGCCAUCACGGGCGUCACUGACACCUCGAUAGCGGACCUGCAAGCACAGGUGUAUCGCUCGCUGGACGAACGCAGAGACCGCAAGGAGCGGGGGAUCGACGCCGCGGAGGCCAGGGCGCGCGCGAGGGCCAAGAAGGACCCGCUCGCUGCCCAGAACCGCGGCGUGCAGGAGAGGGCAGAGAGGGACCGGCAGGCGCACGAGGCGGAGCGGCCGGACUCCGCGACGACGGAGGAGAUCCUGCGGCGCAAGGCGCAGAUGUACGACGCGAUCGCCGCUGGCACCGCGGACCUCCCCGAGGACGCAUGCAACGUCGAUUUCGUGCGCAAGGGGUACCUGGAGGACGAGGACGGCGCAGGUGCGGGUCCGGCGCCGGCGACGUGGGCGGCCGACGCGCCGCUGAGACCGGGCGCGGACGGGGGCGGAGAGACGUGGGCGGCGGGCGGUGGGGCCGCGCGGGGGGGCGAGAGGGUGGGGAUGCGUGAGGAGAUUCUGCGGCAAGCAAAGGAGACGGAGCUCGCGCGGGCAAAGGUGCAAGCGCAAGGGUCGGGGCGCGGUGCCAGUGAGGGCGAGCGCAGGAAGCGGUUGCGAGAGGAGUACGUGCGGCGCAGGAUGGCCAGGCUGAAACAGGGCAAGUCGGCGGGAGGUGCACCGCAGCCGCCACCGGCCGGCGAGACAGGCAGCGACCGGGCGCAGGACGCGUAG